AUGGCAACCCUUGUUGCUACUCCUUCACGCAUUCCGGGUCUCGACAGCGCCUUGGAGAUCAAAGACUUACAGAAAAGUCGCGAUGCCUAUAAUGGGCUACUCGACGAUGCGGAACAGCCACCCGUCUCAGAGGAACAUAUGCAAAAGCUUGCAGCGCUCUUCGUCCGCCAUAACGCUCACAAGACUCUUGGUGUCCAUUUGAUUCAUAGCCACUUCAAGACACCAGAGAAUACUGUCAUGCUGGGCAGCAACUUCGAAAAUCCUUGUGGCCGUUGGACCAAGGUGACGGAAAUCGACGCCGUCGACCUCAGCAUUGUCCAUGGACAUAUUUUCGUUCUCACGAGUGAUGGCUUCAUCGCAUACGAGUACCAGGACGGACCCAUGCCUGACCUGUCAAGUGUUGGAAAGGAGUUCUUCGCUGACUUCAUCGAUUACCUCACCACAAACGACCUUACGAAUCUCCUCGGCCUCCAGGUUCUUAUUGAUGGCGUGGACCAAACCAUGUGGGAGCUCAUCCUCGACCAAGGGACUGUCAUGUUGGAUGCAGCAGUCGUACGCGGCUGCUCACCGACCCGAAUUACCGGUUGGAGGUUUGAAGCCAGGGAUGGGCAGCCGCGUGUAUGUCAGGCAAACGAGGAGCACGCUAAAAUGACUUCGGGCAACCACAAGGUUUUCAAUGCUGGGAAACCUCUACCUAAACUAAGUGAUGUCGACGACCUUAAGAAGGCUCUCAUCAAUGUGGAAAUUCUUUGA